UGGAAAUGAAACAGUAAGUUGUGUAGAGGGAAACAUGCAAUCGUGUUAUUAUGUGUAAUGGAAAUUUGCAUUUCAUUUUGAAAGAAAUAUAUCUAGCUCAAGAUGGUAGACAGUUCAACCGAAAGUGGAAUGAUCGAGUACCUGGUUGCUAAAAAGGUAGAUGUGUGCGUCUGCAGUUGCAGUCCUUCAGAAACUGUAGCGGGCCUCAUACAGCAAAUGACGGAUGAUAUGUCGGACGUCGUCGCAAGCGUGAGGUUCAAAACUCUCCCUUACAACAUCAUAGACAUGGAUACAUUUGAUUUCAAUGGGAUAGAUGUUCUACUUCUCUGUCAUUCUAUUGAGAACAGGCGAUUCUCACUGACCAACGUUACCGAUGCUCUAUAUGAUGGUUUCUUACCAAAGGCUAGAAAGUAUGUGGGGAUGAGCAAAGUUGGGGUAAUAGCCUAUGAUUUUCCCAAGGAGAUGUUGACAGAAGUAAAUCUAAAUUAUCAGAUGGAAUCAUUCAGGAACAACCAGGAGACAACAUUUAGAAAUUCUUCCGUUGUCCUUAUCGGGGGUCAGCUUAAUCAGGUUCCCAUAGAGCUGAAUCAGGAUCAACUUAAUGAGCUAAAAAAAUUCUUCCGCUUUGCUACAUCAACCCCUGCUGAAGAGAAUGUAGAAGUUUGUCUGAGAAGACGAGGAUGUAUCGGAUGUCUGCCAUGUUUCUUGUGCUGUAUGAAGAUAUGUCCAUGCUGUAAACCUCGCCGAAAUGUAGGCUGCAUUGCUUACAGAGAACGCGAUGAUACUCCCCCUUACACACUUUCACCAGAACCCGUAUAAGCUGAUAAGAAUUAAAGACACAGAAUUGUCUGAAAUGGUGUCACCAUUUUUAUUCUUAAUUCUUUUCCCCAAAAAUGUGAAUAAAUGGGCAUCAUUUGGGGUAAAUUUCAAGACUAUUACGGUGGUGUUUUUUCUCUAGGAAUUUAUUCAUCAUCCAUAAUAUUUUUUUUCUCCUAAAAGAAUAUAUGGAGUAUAAUAUAUAUGUACUUAAUGUAUGUAUGUACACGUGCCUUAUUGUAUUGUAUCGUAUUUAGAAAAAAAAUCUCAAUUCACUGCUCCUCAUAAUAUGAAAUGCACUUCAAGGAAAUAUGCAUAUUCGUCUAAGCUGUGAUUUUAAUACUGUAGGUAAGACGAAGAUAUUUCAGAAACACAACAAGAAGUAAUUUCUCUUUUUUUCCAAUUAUACUUAUCGGUAUCAUAUCACAUAUAUGACACAUAUACAUAUACACUUAACGAAUAUAGGCCUAUAUAUGCGGGGAAUAAGCUGCAGUCCAUCCCCAACAAAAGGAUAAUUUGAAUUAAAAGAGAAAAAUCAAAACAAGCUUAAUACCAAAAAGUCAUCAUUUCAAUUGAGGAAUAUAAAAAGUGAAUUAUUGAGGCACAUCAUAAUUGUAACCAAAUUUACGUCACCACAUUUCUCUCGUCAUCAAUCUUGACUUUUGUUGUGUAUUUUCUACUAUAAGUACUACAUGUAUAAAGGUUUUAUUUCUACUCAGUCUGUUUAUCAUUGUAAUAAUCGAUGUGAUAUAAUAUUUUGUAUGUGCAUAAUAUAUCGUAAUUUCAAUGCAUUUAAAAUAUUUUUUCGGUAGAAAAGGCCCAAAAGGCCUUUACUUAUAUUUUAAGAAUAAAUUUGAGAAAUAUAAGACCGAUAUAUAUAUAUUUAUUUAUGUAUAUAUAUAUAUAUAUAUAUAUAUAUACAUUUGAUAUCAAAAGUAUGGAGAGGGCCGUAGCAUGGUAAGUACCAGUCUUCAUCAAGCUUUCGGGCACAUGCCCUUUAUCAGGAUCUAAACAAAUAUAUAAAAAAAAACAAAAUAUAGGCUUACUAAUAACAAUGAAAUACAAUGCAAUAUAUAACGGAGAUAAUUAUUCAUCUGACAAUCUUGCUUCUUCAUGAUAUUCUUUGAAAAUUUUUGUUUUUUGCGAAAGUUGCAUGGUAAUUUAGUUAUAUUAUUCCUAUUCAUAUAUUUGUAUUUCUUUUCAACAUCUAAAUGCCUCCAAUCAAUACUCCUAAUCAAAGGAAAAGGGGGAAAAUUGUUUCAAUCAUGAUUAUGAAUUAGCACAUUAGUUAAACAAAAUCGUACAUGAAGGAUAGUGCAAUUCAUUUCUUUGGAAUAUGUGAUUAAACUAUUCAGAUAAGAUUAUUGCUCCUUUCAUCACGUUCAUCAUGUUCAUCAUGUUCAUUGCAUCUAUUUACUUCAUUUUGGCGCAAAGUCGUUGAACUUACUUUGGAUAAAAAUUGUUAAGAAUGAAUGACUUUGUGCUGUCAUUUUGAAAGAGGACAUAAAUUAUCACUGAAAUUUGAAAAAUAUUUUUGACAGAUUUUUCCAAAAGUAUUUUUGUUAAUCAAUACGAAAAAUGUAUAAAAGAGAGAAAUAGUCAGGGAGCAAACAAUGAAAUAAGACGUAAAAUUUACUUACGUUUAGGUCAAAAUGUUUAUAAAAGACUGAUAAAUACCGUACUAGUGUUAUACGUCUCGUGUUGUUUUUUUACCCUCGUUGUUUACUUUAUGAUUUUUAUUUCAACACACCGACUCAGUACUUUCUUGAAUCUUAUGCCUAUAAAUAGAGAGAUAUAUGUAUUUUUUGUGUGUUUGUAUCCAUAAUAUUUAUCCUGCCAUUUUUAGUACAUGCAAUAAUUCUUAUCUAAAUUAUUUUCAAAACUCGUGUUUUUCGCUUUUGCAGCGGUAAAACUUUCAAUUUCCUUGUUGAUAAAUAACCUUGUGUUUUAAAUUAUGCUUAUAUCGAUUGUUGAUAUAUACGUAUUGUUUUUCAAACUUAAUUAGAUAAAUAAAUCUUGAAAUCUCUCAU